CAAAUAGUCUGUCUAUCUGUCGACUUUUUCGAAAUACACAGCGUAAUGUGAUUUUCGGGGAAUUAAUACAGUGGGAAACGGCUAUGCGGGUUAGCUGAAGUGCAGCAGUUAAAUAAAUUGUAUUUUAAAAUCAGGUACUCACAGCUGUUCAUUGAUCAACAUCACUUACAAACAUGACAUCAAGGCUGGAUAGACUAUUUAUAUUAUUGGAGACAGGAACAAAUGCAGUAACUAAAAGAGCUGCAGCACAACAAUUAGGCGAAGCACAGAGAUUACAUCCUCAUGAUUUACAUCAUUUGCUAGCAAGGGUUUCCACUCUUCUAAAAUCUCCACAAUGGGAUACUAGAGUUUCAGCUGCACAAGCUGUGCAAGCUAUACUUGCUCAAGUUCCUGCUUGGGAUCCACAACCCAUUAAAAAAGAAACACACACUGAAGAUGGAGAAACAAAAAGACCAAAUAAUAGAUUAAAUUUAGAAGACUUUGAUAUGGAAAAAGUUUUAGCACGCAGUUCACAUCUCACUGGAUCAGAAGGCAGUGAGUAUGAUUUAAUUGCUGCUAAUGGAGAACAAAUUCCACUUCCUAAUCAAGAGGAAAAAAUUGCUGUUAAAUUGGGUCUUCAUCCAAGAUUAAUGGGAGUUGAUACAUCAGAAUUGUUUACUGCUGAAGAUCUUACUCCAGUAGUAUUACCACCUACCUCAAAUACACAAGCUAAAGUAUCUGUGAGUGAAACAUUAAAACAACCUGGUGGACUUAGUAGACGUGAAAUGAAUAGAGCUAGACGUAAAGCACGACAGUCAGUUUCAAAACAACGUUCACGAGAACCAGAUGAUCAUCGUAACAACGAAGAUUAUCAUAACAAUUCGAAUGCUCAGUCUCCCAUUAAUAGUACAGGAGAAUCACUAAGUAAAAAAAUAAAGUUAGAGGAAGUAAUCUCGUCAGAGAUCGGUGUUAACUACAAUACGCAGACUGAACCAACUAAUGGAGUACCAGAUAGUACUGGUUGCUGGCCAGAUUCUGUAAUAGAUUGGCCUCUAGAAUCAUUUGCAGAAAGUCUCUGCCAAGACUUGUUUAGUCAAAAAUGGGAAGUAAGGCACGGAGCUGCGACGGCUUUACGAGAACUCGUUAAGCUUCAUGGAAAAGGUGCAGGAAAAUCGAGGGAUCAAACUGCAGAAGAAAUGGCAGAAAGUCAUUAUCAAUGGAUUAUUGAUGCCGCUCUACGAUUAUUAUGUGUCUUAGGUUUAGAUAGAUUUGGUGAUUUUGUUUCUGAUCAAGUCGUUGCGCCCGUACGAGAAACGUGUGCUCAAGCACUAGGUUCUCUUUUAUUACUAGUGCCAAAUCAAAAAGAUGAAGAAAAUAAAAAUAAGGGUAUUAUAGGGAUCCUUUCUGUUAUGCUAAAGCUGUUAGAACACGAUGAAUGGGAAGCAAGACAUGGUGCACUACUUGCACUGAAAUAUUUACUUGCCGUACGAGAUGAUCUAUUGGAUGAUAUGCUACCGAGAGUAUUUCCAGCGACUAUGCAAGGUCUUUCCGAUCCGGUCGAUGAUGUAGGUGCUGCUGCGGCUAGUGCUCUUAUACCAGUAGCAUCUGCUCUACCACGUUUAUUAGAACCAUCAGAAUUAGAAGCAAUUGUAAUUCGUCUUUGGGAACUUUUACGUGAGCAAGAUGAUCUAGCAGCAGCUUGCAAUAGUUUUAUGGGACUACUUGCUGCUAUACUUUCACUACCUUCAGCACGCGCUUGUCUUACACCUCAGCCAUUAUCGCAGGUUUUACCAAGAUUAUGGCCAUUUCUUAGUCAUUCUAGUUCGAGUGUACGCAAAGCCACUUUGCAAACGUUACAAACAUUAACCGGAGAUGACGGUGCUCAUAAUGAAAAUAAAAAAGAACAAUGGGGCGAAGGAGGUGGACUUGUAUUGCAAGAAGCUCUUCGUCAUGUUUUUCAACGUGUAUUAGUAGAACAUGUAAUUGCCAUACAAGAUGUAGCUGAACGUGUUUGGGAAAAUCUAGUCGUACAGAGCGAUCUCGAAUUGUUAUUGCAUGCAGCGUGUCCUCUUGUCAGCACAUGGCUCUGCCUUGCUAUGCAACCGGAACACGUGCCAUUUAAUCCGAUCUUAUUAAUGACAAUAAGUUCUCUUAAUAAGGGAGCUAAAAGUAAUCAAGUUAUUGGUACUUGCGACGGACAAUCAGAUACUAGUAACAAUGGAGGAAACAAUAACGUAGGUGGAAAUGUAAAAUCAAUAUCUGAAUUGAAAGUUUAUAUCGGUGGAAUCGAAACUGUAGCUCAAAAUAUAAGAAAAUCAAACGUAGUACAAGCUCGUUGUAGAGCUGCACGAAUGCUAGGAUUGUUAUCACAUUACGUAGUACAACCAGCACCAGGUGUCACUUACACACCAGAUAUACCUAGUCCCUCACUUUGUUACGCUAAAGUAUUACUGGCACAUCUCAACUCGCGUUCGGCAUUGCAACGCACUGUUGUUGGUUUGACGAUGUCUCAUUGGGCGACUGUAAACAAUAUGAAACCACCUACGAUACCAGACAUUCUCAGGAAGAGACUCUUGGAAUGUUUAAAUGAAUGCGUAUACUAUGAUGAGAUCGCCGCAUCUUUCACUCGCCUAUUACACGACAGCCGUGAUUACAUUGCCACGCUGAAACAUUAUAAAUUACCCGUUCCUAUCGAAAUAGAUGCAUCAGGCGUAAUGACACUCGAUCAAAUUGCAACCCUUGCUGGAAAACCAAUUUCAGAACUUUGUGCCAUGGGCAAUGCAACAGGCUCUGGAGGUCCGAGUGGAACAAUUGGCGGCAGUCCCAGUACGAUUAAAUUAAAGCCAAAGUUGACCGAAAGUUUGGAAGAGAGGCGAAAAGCGUUGGAAGUAGGUGCUGCUGAUACAGCAGCUCAACAACUUUCAUAUAAUGUUAUGUCAAUGGCGGCACUUGCUGGUGCUGCUACGAUGUUGCAUUGCCUUCCUCCAUCUCCUCAGCCUCUUAAUCCAUUAGUAAAACCAUUAAUGGAAGCAAUUAAACGCGAAGAAAAUGAAGAACUACAAAAACUGGCUGCAAAGCAUUUGUCGUACCUAGUUAACCUUUGUGUAGAUAGAAAACCUUCUCCUAACGCAAAGAUAUCAACCAAUUUAUGCACAUUCCUAUGCUCGGAUACUGAAUUUACACCUCAUGUAAAUUGCAAUACGGACCCAGAUCUAUUCGAUGGAAUUCUUACUUUAAGCAAUCGGCAAAAACACGCUGAAAGGGUAGCGUAUAAUCGGGGAGCAAAUAGUGGACUUGGUGGAGGAAGAGGACCUGGUCGGCCACCAACGACUGAAAUUCCUUUAGAGGAACUACUUGCUUGCGAAGAACCCGAAGCCAAAGCUGCUAGAAUGCGUCGACGCGGAGCUACUUUGGCACUUACUGCUAUAGCUACCCUAUUUGGUGCACAAUUACCUACACGUUUACCACAUCUUUGGGAAUUAAUACUACCAAAUAUAUUACGAGAGGAGGAUAAGAUCAUUGGCCGUGAAAAUACUCAAGAAGAAGUAAAUCAAUUAAUUUUUGGUUUACAAGUUUUAGAAGUUAUGGCUGCAAGUCUUGAUAAAGCUUUACUACCUCCUGCUUUAGAAUGCCUAUCAUGUUUAUGUAAAUUGUUGGCUCAUCCUUACAAAGCUGUUAGACACAUGGCAGCACGAUGUAUUGCCGUAUUAGCUACAUUAGACACAGAAAAAAUAAUAGUACAUGUUACACGCAGUGUAAUACCACUUUUGGAAGCAACCGGUGGAGAAAAAGUAUAUUCAACGACUGUAACAGCACCGAGUGAAGUAGAUUCAAUUAAACAAGGUGCAGCAGAGGCGUUAGCGUGUCUUGUUGAAAGUUUAGGUGUUAAUAUUGUUCCAUAUGCUGUACUUUUUAUGGUUCCUUUGCUCGGACGUAUGAGUGAUCAAAAUCAGGCUGUACGAUUAGUCUGCAGCGCGACAUUUGCAACGCUUGUGCAACUUUUACCCCUUGACCCUGGUGCAAUUACAGAUCCACCAGAUUUAGUAGAGAAGAAAGCUCAAGAGCGACGAUUUUUAGAACAACUUCUGAAUCCACGCAGUAUUCCAGAUACCGAAUUGCCAAUUCCAGUAGCUGCAGAAUUACGUUCUUACCAACGGCAAGGCUUAAAUUGGUUAAACUUCUUGAAUCGUUAUCGGCUUCAUGGAGUUCUAUGCGACGACAUGGGUCUGGGAAAAACUUUACAAACUUUGUGUAUACUAGCGGUAGAUCAUCAUCGUAAUCCUCAUGCUCCACCAAGCCUGGUAGUGUGUCCUCCAACACUAACUGGUCAUUGGGUCUAUGAAGCAGAAAAGUUUUUUGAAGCCAAAGAUCUCUCUGUGUUACAAUAUGCCGGCACACCACCGGAACGUGAAAAAUUACGUCCAAGAGUUACUUUUCACAGACUUGUCGUGGCAAGCUAUGACAUAGUGCGUAAGGAUAUCGAUUACUUCGAGAAACGUCAGUGGAAUUAUUGUGUGCUCGACGAAGGUCACGUUAUAAAAAAUGGAAAGACAAAAAGUGCAAAAGCAACAAAACGGUUGCACGCCAAUCACAGACUGAUACUCUCGGGAACACCGGUGCAGAAUGACGUACUUGAACUGUGGUCCUUGUUUGACUUUUUAAUGCCAGGUUUUUUGGGCACUGAAAGACAAUUUGCGGCAAAGUACUCACGUCCUAUUCUAGCCUGCAGAGAACCAAAAGCUGGCCCAAAAGAACAGGAAGCAGGGGCUCUAGCUAUGGAAGCACUUCAUAGACAGGUUUUGCCAUUUUUACUUAGACGAAAUAAAGAAGACGUCCUGCAAGAUUUACCACCCAAAAUUACACAAGAUUAUUAUUGUGAUCUAUCGUCGUUACAACGUAUGCUAUACGAAGAUUUUCGUACUCGACAUUCUGCCAGUCUGUUAUCUACUUCAUCUGCAAAUGAUCCCCACGGUGGUCAUGUGUUCGAAGCGUUGCGAUAUCUACGUAACGUUUGCAAUCAUCCGAAAUUAGUGCUAAAUGCACGACAUCCAUUAUAUCAGUCCGUAUGCAAUACAUUGAAACAACAAAAGAGUACUUUGGCCGAGAUAGAACACGGAGCUAAGUUACCUGCGUUGAAACAGUUACUGUUGGAUUGUGGUAUAGGACAGCCACAACAGCAACAAAGCCGAAAUUCGGUGACCACUGGUGGUACGCCAGAUAACCAACCGCCGCAGCAGCAACAAUUAGUGAGUCAACAUCGAGCUUUGAUUUUUUGUCAGUUAAAAGCGAUGCUGGAUAUCGUAGAAAAAGAUCUUCUUCGUACACAUCUACCAACGGUUACGUAUCUUCGUCUCGAUGGAAGUAUACCAGCAACGCAAAGGCAUUCCGUAGUGGCACGUUUCAAUGCUGACCCAUCGAUAGACGUGCUUCUGUUAACGACACAAGUUGGUGGUCUUGGAUUAAAUCUGACUGGUGCAGACACCGUUAUAUUCGUGGAGCAUGACUGGAAUCCAAUGAAGGAUCUUCAAGCGAUGGACCGAGCACAUCGUAUUGGGCAAAAGAAAGUGGUUAACGUGUACAGGUUAAUUACAAGAUCGACUGUAGAGGAGAAGAUUAUGGGACUUCAGAAGUUUAAGCUUCUCACUGCGAAUACUGUGAUUUCAACAGAAAAUGCGUCUUUGGAAACAAUGGCAACCGACCAGUUACUGGAUCUGUUUUCGUUGGACAAUAGCAAAGGGAAGAAACCAGAAACACACGAAGAUGCUAUGUCGAAAAUUACUGGUGUCCCAGGCGUCAGUCGUUCUGUCCUAGACAUACUACCUGAAUUAUGGGAACAACAACAAUACGACGACGAAUACGAUUUCGACUCUUUUCUAUCCACAUUAAAGGCUGAUAACCAGUGAGCUUAUUGUUUUAUGCAUCAGUAUCAUCAAGUACAUAAUACUGCAACAAAGUUGAAGCGUAUUUAAAAAUUAAUCACAUUGUUAAAUGAACGUACGUGGAUCGGACCUGAUAACGAGCAAAUGAUUCUCUUAAUUUCAUGGACUGAAAAUAACAAAUAUUCUUUUAUUA